AUGGGCGACAAGAAGCGCAAGCUCGCGGAGGAGACUCCGGCCGAUGGGGUUGCUCCGGAGGGCAAGAAGAUGAAGAAGGAGAAGAAGGAGAAGAAGGACAAGAAGGAGAAGAAGGAGAAGCGCCAGGCCGAGAAGGAGGUCGAGGUUGCCCCCGAGGUCAUCGAGGAGGACAAGAAGGAGAAGAAGAAGAAGCAGAAGAAGGAAGAGGCCAACGAGAGCAACGAGAGCCAACAGGUCGAGACGAAGGAGAAGCGGGAAAGCAAGAAGGCCGAGAAGGCCGAGAAGAAGGAGAAGAAGGAGAAGCGCAGUGCCGACAAGACGGACCUCGACGCCGAGGAGAAAGCCGCCAAGAAGGCCGCGAAGAAGGCUAAAUCCGAUAAGAAGAAGGCCGCCGAGGAAGACAAAGAGUCUGCUUCUCAAGAGGGCUCGACGGACGAGCCCGAGGCUGAUGCUUCCAACGAGGCCGAGGUCACGCAGAAGAGCUCCCGGUUCAUCUGCUUCGUCGGCAACCUCCCCUACUCUGCCAACCACGAGUCCCUCACCAAGCACUUCGAGAAGAACCCGCCCGCCAACAUCCGCGUGGCAACGAAGAAAGAAGCCCCGAGCAAGUGCCGCGGCUUCGCAUUCAUCGAGUUCGACAACUAUGACCGCAUGAAGACCUGCCUCAAGCUGUACCACCACUCCAUGUUUGACGACGGCAAGUACCCGCCUCGCCGGAUGAACGUUGAGCUGACUGCCGGCGGCGGCGGCUCCAACUCCGAGCACCGCAAGGCCAAGAUCCAGGCCAAGAACGAGAAGCUCAACGACGAGCGCCAGCGUCUCGCAAAGGACAUCAAGAAAGACAAAAGGGACCACGACAAGGGCAAGCCCGCGCGCUCCGGGGUGUCCGGCGCCAACGCUGUGACCGUCGACGGUGGAAACGAUAACGACCAGUUCGCUGGUAUGCACCCCAGUCGCCGGGGCCGGAUCUAA